GCGGAAGAUGACUUGUCACUGUUGUUGAAGCUGUCAGGCACGUGAGCUGCACUGUGCAACGUCGUCUUGAGUGCAAGCAGGCGAUAUGGCGGCUGAUACUCCUCCCAAGGUUUUAUUUGAACAUGAAGGUGUUUUCAUACACUCGAACGAAGACUGCGAAGAGCCAGAUCUCCUUGUUUCUGGGUUCCUACGGCUCAUUGAUAAGGAUGGUGAAACUAUCGUGGAAUACAAACCUUUGGAGGACACUGUUGAUCCAUCCAACAUGUUGUGUGCUGGCAAGGAUUCCAGCUCGGUGAUGGAGUGGGCCCAGUGUCCCGGGGAGGAGAGGUCGACUCCUCAGCAGGCGGUGGUAGAGCAGCAGCAGAGCUACGAGACUGAGUGGGACAUGAUCAACGCAGUCUCCUUUCCUAAGAGGAAACCCUGCUCCAACGGAGAGGGUGCAUUGAACCACACGCAUGAGAAAAGCAAGUGGGCCUUCACCUUCAGUGUGUGGGACCUGAGGUCUAUCACAGUGAAGAAGGAGGGCUCGUCCCGCCUGAUGUUCAGUCUGAAGGAGCCCCCCACCUCCCUGCCAGUUCUCCACUUCCACCAAGGGGGUAGUGAAGACUUCCUGGACUGCUUGAGGAGAUAUGCGUUGAUCACUGAGGCCCCGGAUGAUGAAACCUGCCUGCUGGUCAGCACUCCCAACAGAGCUCUGUCUCAGUCCUUCGAGAACCUUCUGGAUGACAACAACUACGGCCUUGUUACUAAGCUCAAGAAUGAUCCUUACGUGACGACCCUGGGGGGCUUCUCCAAGGUCACCAACUACAUCUUCGAUGCGUUCCGUGGCCCAGAGCUGGAGCAGCAGCAGCGUCCCCCGGAGGAGAUGGCUGACCUGGACAUCCUGGGACUGGGAGAGGUCAUCCCUGGCCUGGAGAUCAACCAGCAGGAGGAGCCGGGCUUCGAGGUCAUCACCAGGAUUGACCUGGGAGCAAGGCCAGAGGUGACGAGGAGGCAGCCACUGUCUGCAGAGGACUGGGCUGAGCACCAGGAGAAGGGGGGAAGGAUGAAAAAUGUCCCUCACCUCAAGAAAAUAAUAUUCAAAGGGGGCUUGUGCCAUGCGGUGAGGAAAGAGGCCUGGAAGUUUCUGCUGGGGUAUUACCCCUGGGACAGCACCUACGAGGAGAGGAAAGGUCUACAGAGGAGGAAAACGGAUGAGUACUUCAGGAUGAAGCUCCAGUGGAAGUCAGUGAGUGAGGAGCAGGAGAGGAGGAACUCCAGGCUGAGAGACUUCAGGAGCCUGAUAGAGAAGGAUGUGAACAGAACAGACCGAACCAACAGGUUCUAUGAGGGCAUAGACAACCCAGGCCUGGUGUUACUCCAUGACAUCCUGAUGACGUAUUGCAUGUAUGAUUUUGAUCUGGGGUAUGUCCAGGGAAUGAGUGACCUCCUCUCCCCGAUCCUCUAUGUGAUGGAGAAUGAGGUGGAUGCCUUCUGGUGUUUUGUCUCCUUCAUGGAUCAUAUGCACCAGAACUUUGAGGAGCAGAUGCAGGGCAUGAAGACACAACUGAUCCAGCUCAGUACUCUGUUGAGGCUGCUGGACCUGGCCUUCUGGAACUACCUUGAGUCGCAGGAUUCAGGUUACAUGUAUUUCUGUUUCCGGUGGUUACUGAUCCGCUUCAAGAGGGAGCUCAGUUAUCCAGAUGUUCUUCGUAUGUGGGAGGUCAUGUGGACUGGCUUGCCCUGCCAAAACUUCCAUUUGCUGGUGUGCUGUGCCAUCCUAGACUCAGAGAAACGGAAAAUCAUGGAGGAAAACUUUGGCUUCAAUGAGAUACUCAAGCACAUCAAUGAACUCUCAAUGAAACUGGACAUUGAAGAAAUCCUUCACAAAUCAGAGGCUAUUUGUAUGCAGAUCAGAAGUUGUAAGGAUUUGCCUCAUUCAAUAAUUGAGAUCCUGGGAUUCAACACAGAAAGCGAACUUCCCAGAUUAGAAGGGCGGGAGUUUGGGACUCUUGAUUCUCCUCAGUCCCCCAGACCCACACAGAGACAGGAGGUCUUCUCUAAUGGUCACAAUGGACAUUACAGAGAACCCCUUCAAAACGGCUGCAAGGUCACUUUCAUAUCAUAGUGAACAAUAUCAUUCACACAGAGACUUUGCAAUGUCCACAUACCAGAAUGAGUAUUUUGGAUUCAGUUAUUGGAUAAUUUGUUAACUGAAGCAAGCUUAUCAAAGCCCUUAUAUGAAGAGAAAAUAAUGUAAAAAGGAUUUAAAGUUAUUAUUUUUGUAAUUUCUUGUACCAUAUUGUCUUUCAUUUAAAUAAGUCAUUCCUCCUUGCUAAGGUUUUUUUUGUAAAGACUGGCAAGGUGAGUUUAAUUUGUAAAGUAAUAAUAUGCUGUUUUUAUUUCAGCUAUAACCUUUUCCUGAAUCACGGACACAAGUAUUAAUUGUUUGUUUGAUUGAUUUACGUUUUAAAAACAAACAAUUACUUUUAUCAAGAUCAAGCCAGAUGUCAAUUUGGUAGUAAAAUACAAAAGUGCUGUAAAAUGUUUUGUCUUAAUGCUCUGUCACAAUAAUACCCUUUUCAAAUUGAAAAUGUGAAAAAGAAAGCUCAAACAUCUCCCUGAAUAAAAAAUAAAGCCUUUAAUGAUGUA